CUGACCUGAUGUUUCUGGGAAUGGGAAAGGGAAGAAAAAAAGAAAAAACAACCCACCACUGUUUUCCUGUUGUAUUCCCCGUUCCGGGACCGGCACUCAGAGCAGCUGCACCUCCAGGAAUUGCCCCCAUCCCUGGGGCAGCAGGACGCCUGAACCUCGCAUCCCGUGGCAUUUACGGGGUGGGAAUUUCACCCCAUCCAGCUGUGCUGACUCGGUGUUUCUGCCUCUCCUCUGGUCCUGUUUUGCUGAAUCACCCCUUUCACAAGCCUCUGGAGCUCUUUGUUGAUCUGGGGAAGGAAAUGAGAGUCCCUGCCCAGCCAGCUGAGAGGGUCAGGAAGCUCUGCCAGCCUUCCCUGCGCUCCCCCUGCUCUUAAGAGGCUGCUUGUCUCUGCUGGGAGAAGGGGUCAUGAUAACAGGAAAGCCCUUUCACAUCCCAACUCUGGCAGGGAUUCCCUGGAGGGUCAUCGGUGUAGGGACGUCAGUUAGGGAUGACAGCCCCGUCAGUGGCAGGGACUCUGGAGCUGCUGCGCUGAUUGACAGCUGUCAGACCCAUGUCUGGGUCACCCAGCCCAGUAAACAAUGGCUCUGGGUGUCUCUUACCUGGCAUUUGGCGCUCGCAGCAUCCUGCUCCAUGGCUGCAAGGGGUGCAUGGCAUUCAGGAAAAGGCAUCUUUGCUUUUUGCAUCACAGCCUUGGAUUUUGCUGGCAUCUCAGGACACCCCAGAGUGAGGGAGAUGCUGGUGAAGGUAAAGGACAGGGCAGGCCCAGGGAGAAAUGGGCCAGGCUAGCAGCCGUCAAAGACUGUGCCCCAGGGCAGCGAGGUCCCAGAACAUCUUUCCAGUGUGGGAAAGGGAGCAGGAGAAUUCAGCUCCCUGGCUCAGGGGUGAGAACAGGAUUUGGAUGCUGCAGUAAGUGGCUUGGCAAGGUUGGCCUUCAGCCAUCAAACAGUACUGGUGUCCCCAGCUACUAGCCGAGCCCCAAGGCUUGAAGGAUUGUUCCCCUCCCAGCCCCAGCUUCGCUUGUCUGCACAGCAAAGCCAUACCCUUUCUGUCAAUUCAGUUCCCCUCCUGUCCGGGAGAGCUUCUUGCUCCUCUGCAGUGUCUCUGAUGAGCUGAGCUGAGCUGCAUCAGGUCUCAGCCAGCACAGAGGCAGGCAGGUUGGCCAGCUUCUGGGUCUCUCUUGCAGUUGGAUUGUCCACCCUCCCUCCAGACGUUUCACCCCAGGCCCACAAAGAAGCAGGCAGCAAGGAGAGGAUCCAAGGAGAAGUGUCCUGAGGGACUGCUGGGCUGCUCAAAGAUUAACUUAGGCAGCUGGGAAAAUCCUGGAGAAAUAACGUGAUGACUGAGGGAGGAGGAAAAAAAACCCAUCAACCCCCACCUUGGAGGCAGCCGAAGAAUUGGCUGUGGCCUGGCUUGUCUGUAGCAGCUGUUGAAAUACAAAGAGGGGGAAAAAACAAGCCCGUCUUUGACACGGCUUGUCCUCUCUCCCACCCUGCGACUGAAGGCAAGACUUGUUUUUCUGGGACAGAGGAAAAUUUAGGAGUCUCCCGGGCAGCGAGUGCCUGGGGUGCUCCCAACUGCCUAGUGGAUGGAUGGAGUUUUUCUGGAGAGGCACUGGAAAUGCUGGGAUUGUGGUUUCCAGCGCUGCUGGCCGGUGGAGGCACGGCAGAGCCUGCAAGGCAGCACCGAGGGGUCAGAGUGCGGCCGGCUGUGCCGCUACCCUGUGCGGGGUGAGCGCUGCGAUCCGAGACGGGUGGGGAGUGCCAGGAUGGAGGCGGGUGUGAGCUUUGCUUUUCCAUUGGAAUGCAAGGAGCUGAAAAUAAUUGCCUCUUGGUUGACUAAUAAAAAAAGCCAUCUCAUUUUGCAAAGGCUCAUUGCAAACAUCUGUGGGUUGUGGAGUUCCCAAAAGGGCGAAGAAACCUCUCCCUCUUGGAGCCACUCCUGGGGGGGGGAUGUAUGGAGAGAUUGGGGUGCUCAUGGUUACAAGCCCAGGGAGUGAUGGAUCUGCAGGGCUCACCUUCAGAAAAAAAAGAAAAAAAAAAAAGGAAGGGGGAGUAAGAGGGGGUAUGAAAAGCAGCUGGCAGGAACCAAGAAUAAUUGUAUGGCUUUGCAAAAAAUUACCAUGGCAAUUAAAAGUGCUUUAAAAUUUUUGGAGGAGAAAGGAGUAGUAAGUAAAAUGGCUCGGGCUGGGUUGCAGGGUAGCACGGAUGGAGGUACAGACAUCACCGAGCGCAGCCGUGGCAGAUCUGCUGCAGGGGCACUGAGGGAUGAGCGAAGUCCGGUGUGUCGGGAGCCAGGCAUAACGGCCAGCAGGGGAAACCAGCUGAGCAAGGAACCUUGGAGUCUCAAACAAUGAACUACGUGGGGCAGCUUGCUGAGACCGUCUUCAUCACGGUGAAGGAGCUAUACUGGGGUCUGAACCCCGCCACCCUGACGGGCUGCAUUGAUGUGGUCGUGGUGAGGCAGCCCGAUAACUCCUUCCAGUGCUCCCCGUUUCACGUGCGCUUUGGGAAGCUGGGUGUGCUGCGCUCCAAGGAGAAGGUGGUUGACAUUGAAAUCAAUGGGGAGCCUGUGGACCUGCACAUGAAGCUGGGUGACAAUGGAGAGGCGUUCUUCGUCCAGGAGUCGGAGGAAAAUGAGGGCAGCAUCCCUUCUUGCCUCUGCACGUCCCCCAUCCCCACAGAGGAGAGCCCAGAGGAUGCUGCUCAGCCCUCUCAUGGGCAGGAGGUCUCCAGUGCUGAAGCGACCCUGCGCAAGAUGAGGCGACGCAGGAGGAAGCCCAAGCGGAAGGAGGUGUUGGACUCCAAGUUAGAAGGCUGUGAGGAGACCGAAAGUGAGGUGUCUGUGGAGGAGCCGUGCAAGCUGCCAGCCCCCAGUGAUUCAGUAUAUUUCUCUUUCACUGAUAUCCCUGAAGAAGAAACUGGGACGUUACAGUCCCCGGAGAUGCACCCUUAUUCUGAUGGGGAGCUGGCCUCUGUGGACAGCCCCAGUCUGAGCCAUCCAUCUUCUCCCAAAAGCGACUCUGAGCUGGAGAUCAGACCGCAGGAGAGUUUUGCUCUAGGGGCUGAAUCCCACGUGCAGUGGACCUGGGGAAGGCUCCCUCAGGUGAAUAAAUCAGAACGAGUUGAACCAGCUAAGUCAGCAAAGACCUCUGCUACUGCAGCAACUACUGUCUCUGUGACACCAGUCCCAGUGGAUGAGACAACUCAUCUUGUUGCCACCUCUGAAGGUUUGGGAGGAGGUCCAAGCCCAGUGGGACAUCAGGGUGCACCUUGUUUCUCUGCUGUGUCUGUUGUUGAGCCAACAUUUGCACCCCAGGAUGGGAACAUCCUCCCCAGGCUGAAGGACAUCCCCAGUGCUGUGGGGAAAGAGAGCUUGCUGGAGGCCGCCUCAGCCCCACAAGAGAAACAGGAGGGAGGCAGGAGUGUUGUACCAGAGGUUCAUCCAGAUGUGGAGCCCUUUGAGGGAGCCACCGCUCUGAGGCAGGUGGGCUCAGAGGGCCCUGAGCCCCAGCUGGAAAGCCAGAGGAGACAAGGAAUCAUCAAAACAAGUCCUCACUUGGGUCCCAGUGAUGUUUACGUGGAAGACCUCUCCAGCCUGGAUGAGGAGCAGGUGUCUCUCUAUUUCCCCAGGAGUGACGUAGAGCAGAGCUCAAAGCCUGUGGCAGACCCCAGCAACCCUCUGUGUGUCCAGCUGCCAUCUGAGUUGCCCACCGACAGCCCCACAGACUCCAACUCAGAUUUGAUGCCCACAAUUGCCCUGUCACUCUGUGGAGGCCUGGGGGGCAGCAAGCAGAUCUCUUGCGAGAAGUUCAUGGAGCACAUGGUGUCCUACCAGCAGUUUGCUGAGAAUCCAGGACUCAUUGAUGACCCAAACCUGGUGAUACUGAUCAACAAGAAGUAUUACAACUGGGCAGUGGCUGCUCCCAUGGUCCUGUCCUUGCAGGCUUUCCAGAGGAACAUUCCUGAGAGCACCAUUGACCAACUGGUGAAGGAGAAGAUGCCAAAGAAAGGCAGCAGGUGGUGGUUCUCCUGGAGGAGGAAAGAAUUCCUAGCAGAGGAGCAGCAGUCAAGGCCAGGGAAAACCAACGUGGGGAUGCUGCAGCCCAACCCUGCUCAGCAGAGGCAGGAGGAAGAGGGGUCAUCCAGUGAUGAUGAGCCCCUGCACCCUGGGGACAUGUUAGCAAUGGAUGCCCCUGCACAGAAAUCUGUGCCAACCUACAAGAAAACCCUGCGGCUCUCCUCUGAACAAAUUGGAAGACUGAAACUGCAGGAUGGCCCCAAUGAAGUGGCAUUCAGUGUAACAACUCAGUACCAGGGCACCUGCCGCUGCGAGGCCACCAUCUACCUGUGGAACUGGGAUGACAAGGUGGUGAUCUCAGACAUCGAUGGCACCAUCACCAAGUCAGAUGCUCUUGGGCACAUCUUGCCGCAUCUGGGAAAAGACUGGACUCAUCAGGGGAUUGCUAAGCUCUUCCACAAAAUCCAUCUGAACGGCUACAAGUUCCUUUACUGCUCAGCCAGAGCAAUUGGCAUGGCGCACAUCACCAAAGGCUACCUCAAGUGGGUUAAUGAGCAAGGCUGUGCCCUCCCCAAGGGCCCCAUCCUGCUCGCCCCCAGCAGCCUCUUCUCUGCCUUUCACAGGGAGGUGAUUGAGAAGAAGCCAGAGGUGUUCAAGAUCGCCUGCUUGAUGGACAUCCAAAAACUGUUUGCCAUGAAGCUGCCCUUCUACGCAGCCUUUGGGAACAGAGCCAAUGAUGUAUAUGCUUAUAAACAAGUGGGCCUGCCAGAGAGCCGCAUAUUCACGGUCAACCCCAAGGGAGAACUGAUCCAGGAGCUCACAAAGAACCACAAGUCAACGUACGAGCGGCUGUCGGAGCUGGUGGAGCUGAUCUUCCCUCCCCUGGGACAGAGUGGGAAUGUUGCUCUGGUGUGUCCAGAGUACAGCCACUUUGCCUACUGGAGACCUCCACUUCCUGCUGUUGACUUGGAUGCCUUCUCCUGACCCCCUUACCUGUAGAGUCCUGACCAGGGCUCUCCUGUAUGCCCUCUGCCAGGACCGGAUGCUCCAGGUGCAUCUCUUCCUCCCUGAUUGAUGCUCAGGCAUUUUGUACAUCUAAUACGGGUCAUGUUCUGCACUAGAAGCACCCGUUCUCAGGAGGCUGCGGGGGGGCAUAAGAGGGAGCUCUGAGUCUUAACAAAAAGUCCAUUUACUAAGCUAAAAAUCCUGUAAGCUGGGUCUCUUCUUAAUGUUCUUAACACCUUUAAAACCUGGCUCUUUUUUAAAGGUGGUGGUGGGUCACUUAUUUAUUGAUGAGCCUCUAGCAGAGCUAUUGCUACCUCUAGUAUGACCAGUGCUCCCAGUCAGUCUAGCUACCUGCAGUUUGGUAGCCAAUGGAGUGAAGAUGUCCUGUAGCUUAAACUCCCUAAAGUGGAUGGAAGCUGUUGGGGUUUUGAGUGUUCUUUGCUAAUAACAUUAAUAAAUAGUGCCUUAAUCCAG